AUGGGAACCGUCUGGUCUAGCGUUUCUUCCACGUAUUCAGCUUUGAAAGGUCUGUUGCGGGAACUCGAAGAAACCGGAGAUCGGUUUAAUAGGGUGAUCAAACGCAUCUCUUCUCCAGCGCUUCCUCCAGCCAAAUCGACGGUCUCAAGCUGGCAAUGCGACCCGUUGUUCCCGGACCUGGUAGACGUUCAGUCCCCGAGCCUGGGCGCUUCUGCAGACAUUGUCAUCAUCGGCUCUGGCAUGUCCGGCGCCAGCCUGGCGUACACCAUAUUGACAGAAUGCGAGACCAUGGGCGUUUCGAAGUCGGUCGUCAUGUUGGAGGGCCGUCAGAUUUGCUCCGGUGCCACAGGACGCAAUGGAGGUCACGUAAAAUGUGUCCCGUACGAUGACUAUCCCCGCUGGAAGUCCAGGUUUGGUGUCGCGCAUGCCCGCCAGCUGUUGCAAUUCCAGCUGCUUCAUCUACCGGUUCUCAGCAAACUGGCCACGGCCGAGGGACUGACUGACGCCGACGUACGAGAAGUGGAAACCGUCGAUGUCUUCCUGGAAGCUCGUGCGUGGGCCAAGGCCAAAGCCAUGUUCAAAGAGCUGCAGGAGGAUGUGCCAGACGUCGCGGCCGGUAUCAAGCUCUGGGAAUCGGCCGAGGCUCGGGAGAAAUUUCACGUUGGCGCUGACUGUGUUGGAGUCAUGACAUAUUCGGCUGGAGCCCUGUGGCCUUAUCGAUUCGUUACCGCUCUGUACCAUCUUCUUCUGGCUCGUCAUCCGCAGAACUUCUCUAUCGAAACAAACACCAUGGUCGAAUCCAUACAGGUGAGCGGUGAAGAUGACAAAUGUCCUUUUCUGGUAAAGACAUCGCGCGGCGACAUCGCCGCUACCCACGUGAUCCAUGCCACCGACGCUUUCGCAUCAACGCUCAUUCCAGGCCUGAAGGGAAAAUUGUUCCCUAUAAGGGGACACAUGACGGCACAGAGGCCGGGCGACGCUUUCCCGGACUUCGGUGGUUCGCGAUCAUGGGGCCUGAUUCGGAAUUCAGGCUUUGAGUACAUCACUCAGCACCCCCACAACGAGGCGAAUCCACUCACAGAUGUCAUAAUGGCCGGUGGAGGCAUCGAUUUGUCCGAGGAGCAAGGCAUGGACGAGGUUGGUGUUUGGGGUGAUGACCAUACCAGUGUCAGCAUUAGUGCCUACCUUGGAGGAAUCCUACCAGUUGCUUUCGGCUCUGAGAAUUGGGGAGCAGAUUCGAGCCCUGCAAGGUUGAUCCGAGGAUGGACUGGUUGUAUGGGAUUCACGCUUGAUUUGCUUCCUUACGUCGGUAGACUCGAUCCUAUCCUGACCGGGAGAAAGCUAGUGUCAACGAACCUUGGUAAUUCAAAGGCUCCAACGCCAUGCGAAUGGAUAACAGCCGGGUUCAAUGGUGAAGGUAUGGUAUCGACGUGGUUGGCCGGAGUCGCUGUAGGUCUCAUGGUCCUAGGUCGCGAAAAGGAGAACAACAAGAAUACGCACGGCCGUCCGGAUGGCAAGGUCCUGGACUGGCUCCCCGAAUUGCUGUUGUGCGCCAAGGAGAGGAUCAGGAAGAGCAACAUACAUGACUUUGCCAACUGGGUAACAUCCUAG